CGCCGGCGCGGCAGCUGGGACUCCGCAGUGGGUUGCGGGCGAUGGAGCGGUGGGUGAUCCCGCAGCUCCGGCUGUGGCUGCUGUUGCUAUUACUGCCCCCAGUGCCGGGCCGCCAGAAGGAGUCAGGUUCAAAAUGGAAAGUAUUUAUUGACCAAAUUAACAGGUCUUUGGAGAAUUAUGAACCAUGUUCAAGUCAAAAUUGCAGCUGCUACCAUGGGGUCAUAGAAGAGGAUCUGACUCCUUUCCGAGGAGGCAUCUCCAGGAAGAUGAUGGCGGAGGUAGUCAGACGGAAACUAGGGACCCACUAUCAGAUCAUUAAGAACAGAUUAUACCGAGAGAAUGACUGCAUGUUCCCUUCAAGGUGUAGUGGUGUUGAACACUUCAUUUUGGAAGUUAUCGGGCGGCUUCCAGACAUGGAAAUGGUGAUCAAUGUACGAGAUUAUCCUCAGGUUCCUAAGUGGAUGGAGCCAGCCAUUCCAGUCUUCUCCUUCAGUAAGACAUCAGAGUACCAUGAUAUCAUGUAUCCUGCUUGGACAUUUUGGGAAGGGGGACCUGCUGUUUGGCCAAUUUAUCCUACAGGUCUUGGACGGUGGGACCUCUUCAGAGAAGAUCUGGUAAGGUCAGCAGCACAGUGGCCAUGGAAAAAGAAAAAUUCUACAGCAUAUUUCCGAGGAUCAAGGACAAGUCCAGAACGAGACCCUCUCAUUCUUCUAUCUCGGAAAAAUCCAAAACUUGUUGACGCAGAAUACACCAAAAACCAGGCCUGGAAAUCUAUGAAAGAUACUUUGGGGAAGCCAGCUGCUAAGGAUGUCCAUCUUGUGGAUCACUGCAAAUACAAGUAUCUGUUUAAUUUUCGAGGUGUAGCUGCAAGUUUCCGGUUCAAACACCUCUUCCUGUGUGGUUCACUUGUUUUCCAUGUUGGUGAUGAGUGGCUGGAAUUCUUCUAUCCACAACUGAAGCCGUGGAUUCACUAUAUCCCAGUCAAAACAGAUCUCUCCAAUGUCCAGGAGUUGUUGCAUUUUGUAAAAGCAAAUGAUGAUGUGGCUCAAGAAAUUGCUGAAAGGGGAAGCCAGUUUAUUAUGAACCACUUGCAGAUGGAAGACGUCACCUGUUACUGGGAGAGCCUGUUGACUGAAUACUCUAAAUUCCUAUCCUAUAAUGUAACAAGAAGGAAAGGCUAUGAUCAGAUUAUUCCCAAAAUUUUGAAAACUGAACUCUAGUCAUCAUCAGCGGACCACAGCCCUCUCUGGCAGCAGCUCUCAGAUAUCCUGUGGUGAGAAGCUUACCAUGAGUGCGGCACCUAUACCUUGAAUACUGUUAUCAAGCCAAAUAUCUGGUUUUCCUUAUCAUGCUGCACCCAGAGCAACUCCUGAGAAAGAUCCAAAAUGUGUAUGAUACAGACCUGAAGCAGCUCAAUGCUUUGGCUGAAUAAGGACCAGAAAUCAUGAGAUGUGGGUUUUUAACCCAGUUCUACUUUUUAUUUUCUUAAGACCAAUCACAGCUUGUGCCUCAGAUGAUCCAUACAUGAAUCUCCAUCACCGUGAAACUGACUGUAUCUGUGGGAUGAUACUUUGUCCCAUUAUUUGGAGCAGAAAAUUAAUCAUUUGGAACUAGUACAGCUCAUCACCGCAGUUCUGCAGUUAUUCUAGGUUUGAUCUCUGUCACUGUAUUUUACUGUAGGAAGCCCUAUAGGGUUUGUGAAAAACACUUGGGGAUCAUUUCCUGAAAGGUCUAAGGAAGCAGUAGUUGUACCAUGCAAUGAUGGGGCAGUUCUCUUUUGUAAAAGCAUAGGCUUUUGGUACUCAGGAGGUUUCUGUAAUGCUACAGAGAAAGGGGCCAAUUGCCUGAGUAAUUAUUGCAAUUGGAUUUCAAGUUCCCCUUUUGUGCCUUCACACACUUGUUUUUAUUGUCUCUCUUUAAAAAACAAAAAAAGACAAAAACCUCUUAAUAAAUGUAGGAAGUAGUCCUCAUUUUUGAAAGGAACUGUGCAUAAAACAGCAGUCCUUCCUCACUCCUUGCACACCCUUAACAUUUUUCCUCUUUAAAUUGGCAGCAGUCCAUAUCCUCAAAGGUGUGCAGGGACCUCAAGGAGUCUUCACCUAUGAAAUGUUACACUGGGAGUUUAGACCAUCCAACUUGAGCACUUACUUAUGUUGGAGAUACUUCAGUGCAAAUCCAUGUUGGAGUACCUCCUUUCCCCUCUUUUCCCUUUUUGAAAAACACAUUUGGAUAGUAAUUUAAUCUCUCAGGAUGCACUCCCUAGCACAGUCAAAAAUGAAGAAAACUUUUUAGAUGAAAACCCACAGAGUCUGGUGACUCAGAACCAACUUCGUCCCUUAGGCCCAACUUUUUCACAUUGAAAUCAACUCUUUUCCUUUGCUUAAGAACUGUUCAGUAUUAGUUGGUUUCAAAAUUAGUAAAUGUAAGGUUCAGUCAUAUAAAAUCAGGGAUUUUAUUCCAUUAGUGAGAAAUGUAUUUGGCUUUUUAAACUUCCUUCCACAAAAGUUUAAGUCUAAGGACUUUUUAGAGGAGUUGAAUAUCCUUGGUAAGAUCAUUGCGUAGAAUAAGGCAGACAUUGAAAGUUAGAUGUUUUGUUUCUGAGUAUUAAAAAUUAAUGGGGACCAUGUCUUUAGGUGCUAGAAGUCUAGCGGUAAGCAGUCUGGAUUUCUGAGUUGUACUGUAGUUUUGCCUUGUCAAUAUGAGGCCCCAGUAGAUGUUCUCUUUCUGUGUUUUAAUUUUCCUGUCACUAAACUAGAAACAGAAUUUUCUAUCCUUUGGAUUAGGAGCUGAAACUGCAUUUCCCUGGGAAUUUCCCAUUUUGCUUCAAGUUCCAGCUCAAGCAUCUCAUCUCUGAAUCUUUUCUUUCAUUCCUCUGGGCAGUUAGGGGCUAUCAUAAAACUUUGCUCAUGCCUGUUAUGUAACAUCACAUUGCACUGUAGUUAUUUGACUAUUUCUGCUACUGUUCUGUGGGCUUCUUGAUGGGUGGGAAUCAUGUUUUACACAUCUUGAUGUCUCUAUUACCCAGUACAGUGCCUCGCAUAGAGUAGAUACAAAGAAUUAUUGGAAGAAUGGAUAGGUGGAUGGAUGGAUGGAUGGAUGGAUGGAUGGAGGCAGUUGACUUGACUAGAUCCUCUUUAUAGAUAGACUAGCCAUUGGCUCCUAAGGGGGACUGGAUAAGACUGUAAAAGUGGGAUCAAUGCAGAUUCUUAUCUGCUCUUUGAAUAGUCAAUAAGGUCAUCUUUGUAUUUAAAUUCAGGAAAUGUUAUUCAGAUUUUAUACUUAUCUGUUUACCUCAGUGUAGGCGGUAUGAGGAUGGUGUGUAACAAUAUGAAAAAUGUAUGUUUUUGGAAAUAAUUUUUAUCCCCAUAA